AUGGAAGCGGUGACCCACGGAAAGACGGUUUAUCUUUCGUUUGUGUAUGGUGAUCCUGUUCCAAAAUUAAGAGAACAAGUGUGGGAACGUUUGACGAGAUAUGGGCUUGCGCGUUCAGAACCUUGGUUCAUCAUUGGGGAUUUAAAUGAGAUUACUGGAAAUCAUGAAAAGGAUGGAGGAUCACUGCGGAAAUACUUAGGGAUGGUGGCUUCUGAUCAUCGCCCAGUUGUGGCUUAUCUGGAUGAUAAAGUCACUAGGAGAAAAGGGCAAUUUCGGUUUGAUAAAAGAUGGAUUGGACAAGAAGGUCUUUUGGAAUCAAUUACAAUGGGCUGGUCAGAUUAUAGUGCAACAAGGGAAACUGGAAUAGUGGAAAAAAAUAGUAAUUGUCGACAUGAAAUUGCCAAAUGGCGAAAAAAUAAUCCUCCUUAUGGGAAGGACAAAAUUAAUGAAUUACAAAAAGCUCUUGAAGAGGUACAAACAGAUAAUUCUAGAUCUCAGGAGGAUAUUAUCGAGGUCUCAAAGAAGUUGCAAGAUGCAUAUAAAGAUGAAGAGGGGUAUUGGCACCAAAAGAGUAGGAAUACGUGGUACACAUCGGGGGAUCUCAAUACAAAAUUCUAUCAUGCUUUGACUAAGCAACGACGGGUACGUAAUCGGAUUGUGGGUUUAUAUGAUGCUUUGGGAAAUUGGAUUACGGAAGAUAUGGGUGUGGAAAAAGUGGCAGUGGACUAUUUCGAAGAGCUUUUCACUACCACUUCUCCAACGGAGUUUGAUGACUUUCUCACAGAGGUAUCACCGGGUAUUACUCCUCAGAUGAACUAA